UGCUGCUGCUGCUGCUACUGUUGUAUAUAAAUAAAAGUAAAUGCCGAGUGAAGAAAUGAGGGAGACACAGUACUGAAGGUUAGGAGAAACAGUUCGCUGGCAGCAGACAACUUUAUAAGAAAACGUAAACAAAAAUUAUGAAUAGCUAUAGAUAUAUACGGCAGUACACUGGUGCUGUGAAAGCUGUUAUACUGGACUGGUCUGGCACAACAAUUGACCGUUAUGUAAUGGCACCAGCUGUCGCAUUUGUUGAUGUCUUCCAGAAACAUGGGGUCUCUGUAUCAAUGUCUGAGGCUCGAGUGCCAAUGGGUUUACGGAAGGAUGCACACAUCAAAGCAUUAACAGAAAAUGUUGAUGUCAGACAAAGAUGGAAGGAAGUACAUGGAAGAUUCCCUGAUCAUUCAGAUGUUGAGAAAAUGUAUCAUGAUUUUGUGCCCUUACAACUCUCAGUUCUUUCCAAGUAUAGCAAGUUACUUCCAGGAACUGCAGAGACAAUGCAAAAACUUCGGAAAGACUUCAAUAUUAAGAUUGGUAGUACGACUGGUUAUGUACGUUCCAUGGUAGAUAUUGUUUUGGCAGAUGUAGCAAAACAAGGUUUCAGACCAGAUGUUACAGUGGCUGGUGAUGAAGUGAUCAAUGGAUGCCGUCCCAAACCAUUUAUGAUUUAUCGUAAUAUGGAUCUUUUAGAUAUCCAUCCUAUUCAAUCUGUGAUAAAAGUCGAUGAUACAGCUUCAGGUAUUGCUGAAGCACUGGAGGCUGGUUGUUGGGGUAUUGGUGUGAGCAAAUACAGUAAUUAUAUGAACAUCAACAGUCUUGAACAAGAGGUAGAGCUCACUGAAGAGGCUCUUGAACAGCGUUUGGAACAUUCACGAAUUAUUCUACGUAACAGUGGGGCACACUAUGUUAUAGAUUCUGUUGCGGAUUUACCAAAAGUAGUUGAUGAUAUUAAUAGAAGACUAAGUCAGGGAGAAAAACCUUGACCUCUUAUUGGCUUUACUAACUCAAAAUGGUUUUGUUUUAUGGUUUUUCAUUUUAUAUCAUCACCAUACUCUUGUUCUGACAAACAGGAUAAAAAAGAUGAUUUGGGUUUGUUUUUUCAAAAAGAAUUUGUUUUCCAUUUACUCUUUAAUGAUGAAAAACAAGAAUGAAAGAAAUUUAGUUUUGUCUCUUAAUCUCAGGAAUAUGUUUGACUCCAAAGAGUUGGAAGCAUUUUUUACAAAAAUUGAUUUUCGAAUAAAAUCAAACUUUAUCUUU